AUGGCCUCAGCACGACCCAGCACGUCUGGGAGUUUGACGGCCACGGGGCCGUCACGGGGUCGAAUGGAUAAAAGGAUGUCAAAAGACGACAUGUUUUUCAGAACGGCGCGACAAAAACAGGGUCUCGACAAAAGAAUAUCCAGGGACGACAUGUACAUCAGGGGCCGCAUGGCAGAGAUGUCUCAAUACCACGUGCCUGUCCGGGGGUCGGCGCUGACCCCAGAGCACAGCCCGAAUUUCCCAGUAAUACACGAGGUGUCCAUACCGAUCAGGGUGCAGACUCCAGAGUCUAUUACCUCGGGCGAAAUUCCAAUAGGGAUGGCAUUGGGAAGCCCUCCACCACGACCGGACCCCUCGCCCUCAAGGUGGCAGGCUCAGUUUCCACCGGCCUCCCCUCAACCUACCAGUUCUUCGGAACCCUCAUCCGCCGGUGCGGCUCCCGUUGGAUCUCUGCAAAGGAAAAAGACAGGGAGGCGGAAGUUGUUUGGACUAUUUGGUGGUGGGAAGAAAAGGGAAGACGUGCAGGGCCUGUCGCAGACUGAUGCCGGAAAAUCGACAAUAACGCUCGCUCGAACUGUUGAAGUGUCAACGUCGUCUGUGAACGUGGCUGCAAAGCCAACGCCCACGAGGAGCAAUACACAGGCGGAGCGAAAAGUACCGAAGCACAAGCCGAUCAUGAUCCGAUCGAAUACGAUGCCUCAGAACGUUGACGAACCACCUACCCAGCCGAAAAGUGCUGGGCUACCCGGCCGCCAAGGGAAUGCAUAUCGGCAGCCGCAAGGGAACCUUCCUCCCAUGCCGUCAUUCCUUGAUGUGAAUAUCCCCGACACCAAGUUGGAGCGAUAUAGCGUCAUGUUCAGCGAUGUCCUCGGCCACCCUCAGCCCAAGCAGGAACAUUCUGGAUCUCUAUUGUCGAGGCGACAAGCAACGCUGCAGAGGUUGAAGACGAUCGACGACAAGGUCGAGGCAGAGGAGAUGGAGAAGGAACGUGCAAGACAGCGAAGGGCUACCUCACCACAGCCAACCGCGACACCCCAGUUGAGGCUAUUCCCAAUGCCAUCAGAAGGCCGUGUGACCCCUGCUAUGGAUACCCCUACAAGUCGGUCUCGGCCACUGAGGUCGAACACUUCACCAGGAAGACUACCGUCACCGACGCAGGCAACGUUCGACAAGAAGCCGACUUCAAGCGCAGCAACGACAAGCCAUGGCCCUACAUUAGUCGUACCUAACCCCUUCGACAACUCUCCGCCACAGCCGAGGAAGCAAGCAAAGCGAGAGCUUGAACCUAUCUACCCCACAGACACAACUUUCCAGUUUGGUCCAGACAAAUCGGGUCUCAUACUUGACUCACCAACCGAGAUAGAUUCUCCCGGCGAGGAAAUCGUCAUCUCCCAGCCAUUUAAGCCCACGCUCCACGAGCCACAGUGGCAGAUGGUUUCGCCACAAUCCGUCUCGGCAUCCUCUACGGCCCCUUCAGUGUUAUCAUCCUCAACUAGCGGGCCGGGCCAUCGCUCACCCUCCGCAGCAUCCUCUGCCACGACACACACGCAUGCCACCAAGCCAUCCAGCGUCCUGGACGAGACAGAGGCCGCGCUACAGAGCGCGGUCGAGGUCAGCAUCGCGCGGCAGAUCAGCAUCUCACGUCAGCAGCGGCAGCUCCUGCGGCCGCUGCAGACAAGGAGGGGCCCCGGCGGCGGCAGCGGGGAGCGCAGCGCGUCUGUCAGCCCGCUCGGGGUGAAGAUUGUCAAGUCGCCGACGCCGAGCAGGCGGCUCGGGGAAGAAGAGGCGAUCAAGGAAACCAAGAGCAGCACGCCGACACUAAUCCACCCGAGGGAGGCCCCCGUCAACCCGGCGCACCUGGCUCAGAACAGGAAGAGCUCGUGGGCGGUGGUCGAGGAGGGGUGA